UGAGACGAAAACUGUUUGCCCUGCUACCCAAGGUCCUUACGAUUAUCUCAUUCCUGAUUGGGACCCCGAUAAGGGAGCGGGAGGUUCACAAGUCCCCGAGCCUAUGGAAGUGGGACAAGCGGUACCAUCAGCUCCGCAAAUAGAUCCUGCAACUGUCCCUCUGCCUCCUGAGGAAGAGGAGUUAAAGACUCUUUUACAUGAGCAGGCAGAUGCAAUGACUAAACUAUUGAAUGAGAUGCAACGGUUGGAUAAAGGUUCCAAAUCAAGGGUGGUUAAAGAGAGUUAUCGCAAGGCACAUAAGUCUAUUGUUGAAGGUCUGAAAAAUGUUGAGAAACAAUUAACAAAGAUUGAGUCUGGUAAUUGUGUUCACCCUGCUGCUGUUACUGAAGAGAAAAAUACAGAUGGUAAAAUGUCAGUGGAAAGGGCUCGUCAACGGGUGUUACAAAGUAUCAGAGAUGGUGAAAUGGACAUAGAGGAGGGCGAUUGGUAUUUGCGGUCUAAGUAUGGUUCAGAAGCGAGACUGUCUGCGGAGGAUAAGAGAAAGCUUGCAGAUUGGUUUGCAUUGUAUCCUCAGUAUAAAAGGGAAGAGGAUUCAGCAAGUGGAAUGGUGGAUAAUGUCUGGAAGUGGUGGAGAGGGAAAGCGAAUGAGGAAAAGUCAAAGGAGACUCCUAAACAGAGAAAUUCUGAUUACAUUCCAAAAGAUCCCAACUUUGACAUGUCAAACCGGUGGAAGGGAGUUGUAACCAAUGCUGAAAUUACUGGGGAUUUUCAGUUUACAGCUGCACCAGUAACUAUUGAUAAUAAUGGACAGAGAAACUGGCAGCCUAUAGAUUGGACCACAGUUGCCAAAAUACAGAAAGCAAUUUUAGAUUAUGGAAUAGACAAUCGACUGGUCAGAAGACAGAUGGAAACAUUUAUAAAACAUCAGACACUAAUACCCACAGACAUUAAACAUCUGUUUGAACUGAUGCUGGGACCUACGAGUUAUAUGAUGUUUGUUAACAAGUGGCAGGAAAGAUUAGAGCAGAAACAGCUUGAUAACUUGACACUGCCGCACGGAGAUCCCUUACGGGUGGCCUCCCUAGAGCAAUUAAUGGGGAACGGUCAGUACGUUGACCCACAGCGGCAAGCUGCGCUAGACUUGCGGAUUCUGGCUCAAAGCAAAGUGGCUGCCCUUGAAGCUUUCGCCAGUUUGCCACAGGUCGGCACUCCAAAACAACCAUACUUGCAAAUUAAACAGAAAGAUAAUGAGUCAUUUAUGGCAUUUGUUGACAGAAUUACAGAAGGUGUUGAAAUGGCACCUGACAUUCCAGCCAACAUGAAAGAGACAUUGGUAAAAGAGAUUGCUAUGCAAAAUGCCAAUGCUGCAUGUCGGAGGUUAAUUGCCACUUUACCCCCUGCUGCUUCUUUACUGCAAAUGGUAGAACAAUGUUCUCGAGCCCCGAUGGAAGAAGAGAAGGAAAAGGCUCGAAUUCAUGCCUCUGCAUUAGCAGCUGCAUUGUCCAAAUGCUCGCCACAAGGAAAGGGGGACAAGGGCUCAAAUCCUGUAUGUUUUAAAUGUGGACAGACGGGACAUUUUAAAAAGCAUUGUCCUACAAUUAAGGCUGUUACUAACCAAGUAUCGUCGAUGAGUUCUCCAUUCGCAGGAACCUGCAACAAGUGUGACAAGUUCGGACACAGAGCGUCAGACUGCAAAUCCCGAUUUAAGAAGGAUGGAACACCUCUUGUGCCCCAGCAGGGAAAUGGGGGAGGCCGCGUGGGGGGCGCGGCUCAGACCUCAUCUUAAGCGACCGGACCCCCCACAACGGAGGCUGCCUCGACGAUCUACUCGCCGCCACCAGAGGAAGCGCUGGCCUCGAUUUGGUCUCAUACUAACUUGCCUGGAUUCUUGUCAGAAGGAAACGCGAAAGCCGAUGAGGUGGUGAGUGCUGGAGCCCAGCAAAAUGAUACUGAUGAACCUUCUGUUUCUGUCAAAUCAGCCACUCAGGCAAUUAAGCAAGCACAAAGGACGGAGAGCGGUGGUUGCCAGCCAAGUGGGUGCGACCCUGGCUACAUGCUGAAACCAAGGAAAACAAGGAGGAUGAUCAAACGGCAAUAGAAGAAAUUGCUGACUUAGAAGCUGCACACAACAUCACCAGAGACAACUGAUCUGAGCUAAAUGUUGAACAAUAUGUAUUGGUUAUCUGCUAUUGUAAUUAUUUUUGUGGUGCAGGAGAAUUUUGGGUGGGGUAGUGAAGACAACUUUUGGGUGAAUUGGGCAAAGGAGACAAAUAACCCAUCCUUUUGCUUACACUUAUCAGCAGCCACAGACCCAUUUAAAACAUGCCUGAUAGGGUUGCCAUUUGAUGAUCAACGCACUUUGGUAGCCUCCUUUUCAUCUCUCACACAUCAAGAUUGUUCUACAGCAAAAAGUAUAAGUCAUUGUAUGGCAUUAAUAGUUGCAAGCCUCGAUGACCCUUUACCAUGGGAUCCUCAAGAGUUCAACCUGUUAGGAAGUAGAAUGCCAAAUCAGUCAGGAUGUCUGAUAUUUGGCUCGUACAAUCUGACGAAUCGUCAAAUAACAGAUCUAACAUCCUAUCAUUUUCCUUAUUGGAGUACCUCUGAUUUUUGUGCUAAAGACACGGUUUAUGGUUGGAACACAAAUGGUAUGUGCCUUAACAUUACCAAAGCCUUAAGACUGCCUAGAAAUGUGUUCCUGAUUUGUGGUAGAAGAGCGUGGCUUGGAAUCCCAAAAGAAAGUAACGGAGGGCCAUGUUACAUUGGUCACCUUUCUUUGCUAACUCCUACUUCAGAAUUUAUCCGAAAUCAUAUUGCAAGUAGUGCAACUCUAUUAAGAAAUCGUAGAAAUGUAGAAAUGUUAACCUCUGAUUGUAGUGAUGAAGUGGAACUAUGGUCUCAUACAGCAAGAGUUUUUGGAGCAUUGUUUCCUCCUAUAGGAACAGCACAUGCCUUGUCAGCCAUUCAGAGAUUAGCAUGUUGGACAGCAAAACAAGCUAAUGUUACUACUAGUGUUAUUUCUCAGCUUGCAGUAGAUCAAAAUAGUUUGCGAAAGGCUACCCUGCAAAAUAGAGCAGCUAUAGAUUACUUGCUUUCAGUACAAGGAAAAGGCUGUGAAGAGGUAGAAGGAAUGUGUUGUUUUAACUUGUCUGAUCAUAGUGAUUCAAUCCAUAAAAAGGUAGACUGGCUUCAGCAUCAUACAGAGAAAAUUACAACGAAUCAUAACCCCUUGGAUGAUUGGCUAAUGUCAUGGGGAAUUUCAGCUUGGGCAAAAGAGUUAAUCAAAACUGUAGGAAUAGUAUUACUUAUUGUUAUUGUUGUGUUAUUUUUAGGACCCUGCAUCUUCCGAUGUCUAUCCUGUCAGAUGCAUCGGAUCGCUGCUACAGUGUUUGAAAAGAAAGGGGGAGAUGCGGGGAAUUUUGCAGGGGCUGUUGCUUUGCAAUCGAUAUGUAGGCGAUUGGAACACAGCGGGUAAGACACCGGUCAGCCCAAGGACACUGCGUCCGCUUCGUGCUUUCUAUGAAAAAAAAGCAGAGUUGGCCUGAGGAUGUUGCGUCCUUGUGAUACAGCUGUGCAAAGUAAAACAAGUAAUGAAUCAGUCAUGAACAUACCUUAGAACAAAGGAUCUGCACAUCUGGAAAUGUAGGGUUUGAUAUAUGAGCACACGUACUGCUUAUAAAAAUACCUUUUUGUAUCUACUAAUGAUUAUGCUUUAAACCACAAAAAUGUAUUGCAUGGACCAAUUAGACAUCGACAUGUAAUCCUGUAAUAGUAUAAAAAGCCUUCUGAUUUGUGUAUUAAACGUCUUACAUUUACAAUCCA